CGCGCGGGAGCCACCGCCGCUCACCAGUCCGUAGAGCCGGAGUCGAGGUUGUCCAGCCCAGAUCGCGUUCCCUUUCCAUUGCCAGCCCUGCCCAACGGCCUGCCCGGCCUGCCCAGCCCCUACUCCAGGCCAUGAAGUGACCCAUCGCCCGCUGCCCGACUCCGCCCCGGUGCCCACUCCUGCGGAACGGAGCGCCCGGGCACCCGGUCUCCCCGCCGGCCGCGAUGCCGAACGUGCAGCUGCCGCCCAAGGAGAGCAACCUUUUCAAGCGCAUCUUGAAAUGUUACGAACAGAAGCAGUACAAAAAUGGCCUCAAGUUUUGCAAGAUGAUUCUUUCAAAUCCAAAAUUUGCUGAACAUGGAGAGACUUUGGCUAUGAAGGGAUUAACAUUGAACUGCUUAGGAAAAAAAGAAGAAGCGUAUGAAUUUGUUCGUAAAGGACUUCGUAAUGAUGUCAAGAGCCAUGUCUGUUGGCAUGUUUACGGACUCUUGCAACGUUCUGAUAAGAAGUAUGAUGAAGCUAUUAAGUGCUAUCGAAAUGCCCUCAAAUUAGAUAAAGAUAAUCUACAAAUUUUGAGAGAUCUCUCUCUGUUGCAGAUUCAAAUGAGAGACCUUGAAGGUUAUCGAGAGACAAGGUAUCAGCUUCUUCAGUUGCGCCCAACGCAGCGUGCUUCCUGGAUUGGAUAUGCUAUUGCAUACCAUUUGCUGAAAGAUUAUGAUAUGGCACUAAAACUAUUGGAAGAGUUUAGACAAACUCAGCAAGUUCCUCCCAACAAAAUAGACUAUGAAUAUAGUGAACUGAUACUAUACCAGAAUCAAGUGAUGAGAGAGGCAGACCUAUUUCAGGAAUCUUUGGAACAUAUAGAAACAUAUGAGAAACAGAUAUGUGAUAAACUUUUGGUGGAAGAAAUUAAAGGGGAAAUGCUGUUGAAAUUGGGAAGAUUAAAAGAAGCCAGUGAAGUAUUCAAAAACUUGAUUGAUCGGAAUGCAGAAAAUUGGUGUUAUUAUGAAGGCUUGGAAAAAGCUCUGCAACUUAAUUCCAUAGGACCUUUUCUCCCCCAUGGCACUUUAGAAGAGAGGCUCCAAAUUUAUGAAGAAAUUAGUAAGCAGCACCCCAGAGCAAUUUCACCUAGAAGAUUACCUUUGAAUCUUGCCCCAGGUGAAAAAUUUAGAGAACUAAUGGAUAAGUUCCUGAGGAUUAACUUCAGUAAAGGCUGCCCACCCUUGUUCACUACUUUGAAAUCUUUAUAUUACAAUACAGAAAAGAUUUCUAUAAUCCAGGAGCUUGUUACGAAUUAUGAAGCCUCUCUUAAAACGUGUGACUUUUUUAGCCCUUAUGAAAAUGGAGAGAAGGAACCCCCGACAACACUUCUCUGGGUUCAGUAUUUCCUGGCACAGCAUUUUGAUAAACUUGGGCAUUAUUCUUUAGCUUUGGAUUACAUUAAUGCUGCAAUUGCUGGUACUCCCACUCUAAUAGAAUUAUUCUAUAUGAAGGCAAAAAUUUACAAGCAUAUAGGUAAUCUCAAAGAAGCUGUAAAGUGGAUGGAUGAAGCGCAGUCUUUGGACACAGCUGAUAGAUUCAUCAACUCCAAAUGUGCAAAAUAUAUGCUUCGAGCAAACAUGAUAAAAGAAGCAGAAGAAAUGUGUUCCAAGUUCACAAGGGAAGGAACAUCUGCUAUGGAAAAUCUAAAUGAGAUGCAAUGCAUGUGGUUUCAGACAGAAUGCAUUUCAGCUUACCAGCGUUUGGGGAGAUAUGGGGAUGCCUUGAAAAAAUGCCAUGAAGUAGAAAGGCAUUUUUUUGAGAUAACUGAUGAUCAAUUUGACUUCCAUACAUACUGCAUGAGAAAGAUGACCCUUCGUGCCUAUGUUGACCUUUUGAGAUUAGAAGAUAUACUCAGAAGACAUGCCUUCUAUUUCAAGGCUGCUAGAUCAGCGAUUGAAAUAUACUUGAAAUUGUAUGAUAACCCCUUAACCAGUGAGAGCAAACAGCAAGAAAUAAAUUCAGAAAACUUGUCAGCCAAAGAGUUGAAGAAAAUGCUUAGCAAGCAGAGAAGAGCUCAGAAAAAGGCUAAACUGGAAGAAGAGAGAAAGCAUGCGGAAAGGGAACGUCAACAAAAAAAUCAAAAGAAAAAAAGAGAUGAAGAAGAAGAAGAAGGCAGUGGUCUCAAAGAAGAACUUAUACCUGAAAAAUUAGAAAGGAUAGAAAAUCCAUUAGAAGAAGCUAUCAAGUUCCUUAUACCUCUUAAGAACCUUGUUGCUGAUAACAUUGACACUCAUCUAUUAGCAUUUGAAAUAUAUUUUAGAAAAGGGAAGUUUCUGUUAAUGCUGCAGUCUGUCAAACGAGCUUUUGCCAUCAACAGUAAUAACCCAUGGUUACAUGAAUGCUUAAUUAAAUUUUCUAAAUCUGUGUCUAAUCAUAGUAAUAUUCCAGACAUUGUGAGUAAAGUUCUAUCUCAAGAAAUGCAGAAAAUAUUUGUCAACAAGGAUUUGGAAAGUUUUAAUGAGGAUUUUCUCAGACACAAUGCUACCUCUCUUCAGCAUCUACUUUCAGAAGCUCUGCUUUGUAGUGUUUUGCCAUUUACAAGCACUCCCAUUGUGGCGCCAGGCUGUCAAGAGGAUGCCAUUAAAUUGGGAGUUGGGAAGAGACACUGUACCUGGCUCACAAGUUCUGGUGCUAAAAUGAUGUAUUUUCUGGACAAGUCAAGGCAAGAAAAAGCAAUUGCUAUUGCCACUAGACUGGAUGAAACUAUAAAAGAUAAAAAUGUAAAGACUUUAAUAAAGGUUUCUGAGGCAUUGCUUGAUGGCAGCUUUGGGAACUGUAAUUCCCAGUAUGAAGAAUACAGGAUGGCCUGUCAUAACCUGCUUCCUUUUACUUCCGCUUUCCUGCCCGUUGUGAAUGAGGUCGACAGUCACAAUGUGGCACUAAACCACACAGCUAACUAUGAUGUCUUGGCAAAUGAGAUUUGAAAUCCCACAGAAGGUUGACUCCUGUAAGACUCAGAGCUGAAUUCAGAUCAGGGUUUCUUUUUCAGGGUGUAUUUUAAUAUAGAUAUGAAAUGAAAUAAUUGGAUAGAAUUUUUUUUUGGAUAGAUUUUUUAAAUGGAGUAUUCUGUAAGCUUAUUUUAUUCUUUAUCUGACUGCCAGUUUACAUAAACAUCUGUUAAAAAUUACCUGUUUAUACUUGUACAGUUUUCUUAAACUUUCAAAUUAUCAGCAUUGUGAUGGGUGCUGUCACUUCUGUAUCAUAGAUAUAAUUUCUUACUAAGCUAAGUUGUAUACAGCCCCACUGUAUUAUUUUCUUUAGAUGCUGGUUUCAGAAACUAUGUUUUGAUGUCUUACUGGUUUGUUGUAUUUGUUUAUUUGCUUGCCUUUUAAUUAAAGCAUGUCAGUUAUAAAGUGUUAACUGUUAAAAACAAUAUGGAACUUUUUUUGGCAGACGCUGGGGUUUAUUUUAAAAUUUAUUUCAGUUUGCCCUUCCUUCCACCUUAAUUUUUUUCGUGAUUUACCACUUCUUUUUUAGUAUCCACGAAAAUGAUACUUUCUAUUGAGUAAGGGUACUCCAGUUUUAUGUAGAUGAUUCAGAAUGUGGGGAUUGGUUUGCUUCUUAAUCAUGGAAAUUCACUGGUAAGUUUGUUGCCUAUCUCUAGACCAGUCUUUUAAAGACUCCCGGGUAAGACUUAUGCUUCCUUGACUAAAUUGCUUGGGUGUCAACAAGUAUUUGAUAUCUGAACAGUGUGCUUCGAGGGAGCAUAAUAGGGAAGAAUGCAAAUGACAAGGAAACAUUCGUUCUUAGUCUUACAGCCAGGCAUUGACUAUUAAAUGUUUUUGUAUCAGCAAAAUGAGAAUUUAAAACUCUUGUUAGUGUAAUUAUUAAAACAUGGUUCAGCAAUAUUUUUUUGGGAGGGGGUAAAGGUUUUUGUUCUGUCUGUACAGAAAACAAUAAUGGAAUCAUUCAGUAGAUUUCUUUCAGAAUUGUGUAAAUAUGUCUAAUAUUAAUACUUCCCUUUGAGGCAAAUACAAAUUCAAAAAGGGAGAUUUUAUUUAGAGAAGCCAUUCUAAUUAAAAUGAUUUUCCUUCACUCUAAGCUGUUUAGAUUCAUAAUUGUUAAGAGAAAAAAAAAACUCACUGUAAAAUAAUGCCAACCUAUAUAUGCUGUAAUAAAUUAUUUUGUACACAGUU